AUGGGCGGCGUCGAUCUGCCGGCACCAUCUCGGCGUCUCACCUCCAUCUCCAUGGCCAUGCCCAGAUCCGGAGCGCUGCUGGUGCUCGCGCUGCUCCUGGCCUGCGCCGCGGCGGCGUCGGUGGGUGCUGCUGCUGCUGCGGCGGGCAAGGUUGCUGCUGGGUCGGGGCGGGCGGAGGAGGAGGAGAAGGGGUGCCGGGAUCUGGCGACGCGGGGCGCGUGCGUGGCGAGCGGCGGAUGCCGGUGGUGCCGCAGCGAGGCGCUCGACGACAUGUGCUUCGGCGCGGCGGAGGCGUGGCGGCUCCCCAACCAGGUCUUCUCCUGCGACCCGCCCGCCGCCGCCGCGCACGCCAGGAGGUAG